AUGCCUAACCAAUGGAAACCUACGCCACCAUUGGACGUAAUUGAGCCACACAUCCUUCGCCUUUGGAAGGCACGCCAGACCGAUAGGCAAAUUGUCACGGAAUUGCAAAAACAUUUCGAUACAUCACGCUAUGGUCUCGGGCUUACAAAAUUUCUCAAGAUUCAUGAAGGCAUGGGUCUUUGA